GUCGACAGUCGGGAUCCCCAAGCAGGGACCAGGUGGUCUAAGGACAAGGCCGUAAAAGCUCGGGUCACUCAUUCAUCCGUCUUGAAUGCACAGACGAAGCCCGGUGGUGACGAAACUAGAGGGAAGUCAGCGGCAAACGAAGCGUCUCUCAGAGGUAGCUUUUGUUUUAACACCGUCGCGUAUGCUUCACCUUUUUCAUUCUUUUUGGCAGAGGCAGAAGAAGAUACAAAGCGCAAGGCAGCCGAAGCGUUGCGCAGGAAACAAGAGGAAGAGAUGCAGAGGAAGCAAGAGGAAGAGCAACGGAGGAAAGAGGAGGCAAGAAAGAAAGCGGCAGCUGAAGCACAGGCAAAGAGCAGAGCGGCAGCUGGAAACGACGCAAAGAAGAAAGGUGGCGAAACUCAGAAAAAUGAUGAAGACAAAAAGAAGAAAAGUGAUUUGGCUGGAGAAGGAGGUGGUGGUAGAGAAGAUAAAGACGCAGGUGGAGAGGCUGAAGAAGAGGCAAAGAGAAAAGCAUUGGCAGCUGCUGAGAAAGAAGCAAGGAGGAAAAGAUUGUUAGCUGAAGAAGACGAAGAAGCAAGGAGGAAAAAAUUGUUAGCUGAAGAAGAAGAAGCACGGAGGAAGAGACUGUUAGCCGAAGAAGAAGAAGAAGCAAAGAGGAAGAGACUAAGAAGACUGUUAGCCGAAGAAGAAGAAGAAGAAGCAAGGAGAAAGAGACUGUUAGCUGAAGAAGGAGAAGCCAGGAAGAAAGGUGGAAUAACUGGAGCCGGGGACGAGGAAGAAGCAAGGAGGAAGGCUGCGGCCGAAGCAGAAGCAAAACGACUCGAAGAGGAACUGGCCGAACAGAAAAGACGGCUAAAACAGCGUGAGCAAGAACUGGCCGAGCAAAAACAAAGUGUGGGAAGCAAUGACGAGGGAAAGAAGCUUAACGAAGACGAGGAGCGAAGGAAAGCGGUCGAGGGUCUCCGUAUCAAGGAAGAGGAAGAGAGAAGGCUGAGGGAGGAAGAGGAAGCGAAGAAGAAGCGAGCUCAAGAGGAGGAGAUGAAGAGAAGAAUGGAAGAGGAAGAGCGCAAGAGGAAGGAGGGCGAGGAAGAGCUGAGGAGGAAGCGGGAGGAGGAGGAACGAAAGCACAGGGAGGAGGAAGCGCGCAGAAGGAAACACCAGGAGGAAGAACGGGAGAGAAAACGCAGAGAGGCCGAGGAAGAAGAAGCUCGCAAGAGGAGAAUCCAGGAAGAAGAGGAGAGGAAACGCAGGGAAGCCGAGAAGAAGAGGCUGGACGAUGAGGAAAGAGCGAGAAAGGAGGAGGACGCAGUGGCUAGAAAGGCCGAGGAGGAUCGCAAGAACGCGGCUGGAGGAGGAAGGCCGAGGAUCAGAGUUUUCAAGGCGAGAGGGACGACCUUUGCCGAGGACACCAAGCAGGUGGUGGACAGAGGAGCUCCAACGUUUGAAGGGAGGUCGCGGAAGAACUUUGGUACGGCUUACAUGGCUCCAGCGCCAGCGUCUCCAGCGUCGUCGUCCACGACCGAGAGUAGCAGCAGCGCAAGGAGGACCACCUUGCGUGUGGAUCCAAAGUCCGGAGGCGACCCCUUGGAGUAGACUCUGUGCGAUCGUUUGCGAGUCGAGCUUUUCUAUCUGCGGGGUGGCCGAAGGCUGUGCUGUGGACGAAGGAAAAAGAAUGUUACCAAAAACUUUGCUUUAAAAACGAAAGCUUACCACCA